AUGGCUGGUACCGAUAUUGCGUUCCUGAAUUUGCGACUUUCCGAAGCUCUUCGUACCCUUGGAGACGAUGUUCGAUGUUGUCCAUUCGUCACAACACAAGAGUGGUCCCUCAAGGUCAACCAUUUCAAGAACAGUUCAAAAACUCAAAUCAGCAUCUACCUGAACCUGUACGGUCCUCCUAACAUCAGUGCGCAGGUCGGAAAAACUAUGUCAAAGGCCGGCCUUUUCCUGCAACACCCAAUUCUGCUGGAAAAAGACGUCAAAUAUGAGAAUCCGCAUUAUCUGAAUGUAUCACUGUUGCAGUAUUCUGCGUCAGCAUUGCCAACCCCACCCUUGGAAUCUCCAGUAGAGAGACUCAAGACCCCGGACUUGGUUUCUUCGGUCUUGGACGACCUGGACCAGCAGAGUUAUCUUCAUAUGCCACAGGUGGAUCAGAACAGCAUCAAGACUCCUCUAGAGAGUCAUCAAAAAGAAGCCCUAGACUUCAUCUUCCAGAGGGAGGCAGAGGCUACUCCACAACCCUUCUCACUCUGGAGGCCCCACACCGACAAGUUCCAGAGACAGUACUAUCAGAAUCUUGUGCUUGGGUAUCGGAGGGCCCAGCUGCCCGAUGAGAAUUUUGGCGGCAUCAUCGCCGAUGAAAUGGGGCUAGGGAAAACUCUCACGAUGCUUUCUGCCAUAUUUAUGUCGAAAGGGUGCGGAAGACAGUGCAUCUACAGGAACGUCCAAACAGGUCCCUCAGGGAUUCCGCAGCGCAACACAGCAGCUACUUUAGUCAUUGUUCCCUCGGCCUUAAUCCUGGAGAACUGGAUCGAAGAAGCCCACAGUUUUCAAACAAGCAUAUCGAGACCUAUUGAACGCGGCAACUCGAUUGGUGCCGACCGCCUACGCCACCUUCUGAAAGCUGUCUGCAUCCGCCGGAAGAAAGACCGCUUGAACCUUCCUGAGCCAGAGGAGCUGACCCAGCAUGUGGACAUGACUCAAGAAGAAACAGCAGAGUACUCACGAAUAGGUCAACACUAUCGACAAGCGAUCGACGAUGCUGUCAGCGGAAUUACACUUGAGAGGUUCAGGAAAGACUCAAACGUCAACGUGCUGCUCAUGACGCUCGGCACAGGCGCGGUCGGGCUGAACUUGACUGUUGCAACCCGGAUUCAUAUCCUCGAGCCCCAGUGGAACCCUUUGCAGGAAUCUCAGGCCAUUGGUCGCGCUAUUCGCCUGGGCCAAAAGAAGCAAGUGUCAAACAUCCGCUUCAUCUCCUACAUCCAGUGUCGACAAUCGAAGAAACUGUAUCUGGCGCGAUUGGGCUGGGAUGCAGACGAGGACGAAACAGAGGAGGCGAAGCUCAAGAAACUUGCUGAUUUGAAAUCUCUCCUCAGCUUAGAGAAUGGCGAGGAGGUGCCCACAGCUCGACAGGACGGUCUCGUAGAGUGUGAGAUGGCUGAUGCACCGUAG